ACUCAAAAAAAACAAAAAACAGCUACUUAUAAGCUAAGCCAAACGGGCUCUUAGUAAUAAUUUAAGUUUAAACUUCCUUUUCUGCCCUUAUUAGAUGACUUAUAGCCACACAAAUAUCUAUGAUUUAUUUUAUACCACAGGUUUUAAAAGUCUUCCUUAUUCUUAAACUCAAUGUCUAGUCAAACACCUUUCACAUAAAUUGAGACGGAGGGAGUAUAAGGUAUUGAUUGGAAAGUUGGUUUGAUUUGGAUGAAUCUGUGGAAGCCAGGUAUGGAGUUGGACCUUUGGAGAAACUUAUUAUAUGAGUUAAAAUGAUCACAACUUUGGAAAUUAUUUUUCUUCUUAUUGUUAGCUAUGAUGGUUUAUAAGUUUAGAACAAGAAGUAGAUAGAUAGUGUGAUUAUGGUUUCUAUUAUUUCUUAUUUUUUCCAUUUUGAAGCCACAAAUGUAUUUAUAAACUAUUGAUGGAAAAGUUGGUUUGAUUUGGUUGAAUCAGUGGAAGCUAUGUACAGAUAUGUUUGAAUCUUGUUCAAGUGUUAUAUUUGGACCUUUCCAAUUGUCCAGGGCAUGCAAUAGUUUAUAUAUAAGCCGAUUUGAUAGUUUAGGAGUAAGUUUAGCACUUUUGUUUGUCUAUGUGGUUUCACCUUGGAAAAUGUCAAAGCCAAGACUAGACAACCAUUAGAGGGAGGGGCAUAAUUGAGAAGAAAGACAACUGUAGAAUCUUUCAUGGAUCAAUAGGUAAACAGAGAGCAAAUGUAAGACAGUUCGGAUACUUCACGGGUUCUUGGUGAUUACUGUUAUAUGAUGCCUCCUAACGGAAAAAAGCAUUGUCGAAGUUUACCUCCCGAUGCAUUUACCAAUCUUCCUGAUCAUGUAAUCGAUGUCAUUUUGAUGCGUUUGCCUUGUAAAGAUGCUGUGAGGACAAGCAUCUUAUCAAAGAAAUGGAGGUAUCAUUGGUGCAGACUUACAGAGUUGAAGCUUGAUUAUGAACUUUGGGAAACAAAAAAGGAUAUACUAAACUCUGCAGUUAAAUUUACAAAGAUCAUCUACCAGAUUUUGACCCUUCAUGAAGGACCCAUCACUAAGUUUAUCCUCAACGUUUUUCAUCUAAAGAGCUGUCCUAAGAUUGACAACUUCAUAUAUUUCCUCUCUAAGAAUGGCAUUCAACACCUUGUUCUUCACUUUCCACUAAAUAAUCUAUGCAGAUUGCCUUCUUCGCUUUUCACAUGUUCGCAGUUGAGGCAUCUAACUCUUCAUAAUUGCAUAAUACACCAUCCAUCGACCUUUGAAGGAUUUGAUAGGUUAAUUAGUCUGGAACUCUGUGAAGUCACAAUUUCUGCUGAAAUGAUCAAAAGUUUAAUAUCUCUUUGCCCUUUGCUUGAGCGGUUGGUGCUGGAAAUCUCAGAACUUUUAGACACAAUUGAAAUUAAUGCUCCCAUGCUAAGAUCCUUUGAUUUCAAAGGCUGUAUAAGUUCUCUCUGUCUAAAGAAUGUCCCUCUUCUGGCAAAAGUAUCUCUGAUAGGUAAGGAUUCUCAUGAGGCAGAUUAUGUUGAUUUUGCAAAACUUUUCGAGUCUUGUCCUGCUCUCAAGCACCUCAUCUUGGACUUCUUCUAUUCCGAGCUCUUUAUGGAAGCAAGAGAUGAAGCACCAACAAGGCUUCCCUUUGAUAUUAACAGUGUCAAACGUUUUGACCUGCCAGCAAUUGUGCUAAUGGAUUCAUAUGGGCUCUCAUGUGCUCUUUGCUGGAUAAGAAGCUUCCCAUAUUUAGAAUAUCUCGAGAUUCGGGUUUACAAUGAUGCCGAGGAUGAUCAUGUUCCAGAAUCCCUUGAACUCGAACGUUUCGCAGAUGUGACAUUUAAUCACCUAAGGGAAGUUAAGCUGGGAUGCUUUGUAGGAAUAGCGUCUGAGAUGCAGCUUAUCAAACUUUUAUUAGCCAAGUCUCCAGUAUUGGUGAGAAUUCUAAUCGAUCCAUGGAUAGAUGAUGAACCUUCUGACACAAGAUCAAAAAUACUCGCCGAGGUAUCAAAAUUUUCUCAUGCAUCACCUGAAGCAGAAGUAGUCUACCAAUCAGAAGAAACGGAGGGGUAGUCGACGUAGACCCUUCUAAUCAGAUCGUGAUCUUUGGCUGAAAUGUUUUGGAGGUUAAUAGAUAGAAAGAAAUGUCAGAUGUAGUAGUAUAACACAAGUCUUUUGUCUUGUGAAUAUCUGUUUGGGAACAUAACUAUUUCUGGAUGGAUGUUUUGAAUUGGUUUGUUCUGUAAUAACAUUGUUAUUACAUAUUAA